GAUGAGGGUGCUCUUGUUGUGCCUGGUGGUGGGCUGGUCCCUCGAGGAGGCCAUGGAGAGAGACCCCCGUGGGAUUUACGGGAAUCGUAUAGACAUCCAGGCGGGUUUCUUCCCUGCAGGGACGCCAGGACCCGUGCUCGUGACCCCGGGAUCUGUGCAAGUGACCCCUGGGCCUCUGCCAGUUACGCCGGGUUCUAUAAACGUGCAUCCUGGGCCUGCCCUCGUGCACCCCGUCCCUCCACACAUACAUCCUAUACACGUGCACCCGGUGCACACUCAUGGGGCCUGCCCCCCGACCGUCAUCUACAACACCCACGUUAAGUAUUCCACUAUCGUCUUCCCAUCUGUCACUACUGUGGGCGGUGCCCAGACCCAGACUCAGACCGCAACUAGCACUCAGCUAAUAACAUCCACUAUCUUUUCAAAUGUUGGUAGCAACCAAGUGACCACGCAGAUAGUGUUCCAGACCAGGACGGUUACCACCACGCAAGGGGGCUUCGGAACCCAGUUCGUCACCGUCCCCGGACCGAUAACUUUCGUUACACGGACGGAGGAGGUUCUCAGCACGCUGACUCAGGGCCAGACAGUGUUCGUAACGGAAACCCGACAGGUGUCGACGACUUUCACCAUUACUACGUACUCUAACAUCGUCAUUCCUCAACCUGUGUUCAGCACGAUUUUCGUGACCAACACCCAGACGAGGACUGAAACUCUGCCUGGACAGACGCAGACGAUCCAGAGUACUGUGUACAGCACGACUGUGUCCACGGUCUUCCUCCCUGGGCAGGACGUGACAAGCACGCGGACUAUUUUCAGCACCUCGCUCGUCACUCAGACCAUCACUCAGGGAGGACAGACGCUGAUCAUCACGUCGACGCAGUUCGUGCCUGUGACCAGCACCAUCUUCUCGACGACGGCCAUCACCAACACCCAGACCAGGUUCGUGACGAGCACCCUCUUCACGAACGGCGUGACGACGGUGGUGAGUGUGCAGCAGGUGCCGGUGUUCAACACGAGAACCGUCACGGCAGCCGGGGAAAUCACGAGCACCAUCGUCUCCACGCAGGGAAUAGGCUCGACGGCCACCAUCGACACCACCAUCGACACGACCGUCACCCUGAGCGGCGGGACGUCCGUGGUUACCGCCACAAGCACGGCCCUCAAGACACAGCUGGUGCCCGGGGCGGUUCGCACUGUGUACCGCACCCAUGUCGUGUACCACACCAACCUGAUCACGUCGACCGUCCUGAACCGCUACUACAAGACCCUCAACGCGACCCGCACCCUGCCCGUCAAGUGCAAGACCGGAUACGGGCACCCUAGUCCCACGCCCGCACACAAACCCUGGGGGCGCUGAUGAGAAAUAGGGUAGACGUUCCGGCAUUUCUUGUGACUCCUGGAACUGCCGCAGCAUCCAUGUUCCAUAUGUGUAAAUAAAUAAUUUAUCAAAAGUUUAAUGAAACAGGUAACAUCAUCAAUCUCUGAAU